CGAGUGGAGAAGGCGCUCGAUGGAGGCAGGAUCGAUGGAUGCGUCGCGACUUUGUGGGAUGCGAGGGAAGGGGGAAUUUCUGUGGCUUGGCGAGCAAUGAUUUGCAAUACCGUUUGGAGGAAGAGCCAAGGCCAAAAGAUGCGGAAAAUGUAUCUGAAUCUCUUCACGUGAUAAUCGGUGAAAGCAAAGGAAAGAUUUUACACAGAGGAAGAAAGAAUUAUCGGAGAAUGUGGUUGGCUGCGCUAAAGAUGAGAAGGGAUGGGAGGAGGAGGAGGAGGAGGAGAAAGAGGAGAAGAGGAAAAAAGAAAACGACUGUGGCACACGCACAGCACAAACUGCUUUCGUCAAAGUGGUGGCGAGUGAUGAGAGUGCUGAUUCCCCUGUCAUCCUCAGCGAAACAGUGGAUGAUUGUGCCACAACUUUUCGUGCCAGCGUUCAUCGCAAGAUGCUCGUGGGAUUUUCUGCUCUCGACCGUAUGUCAUCAAUCAGGUGUGGAGCUUUUUGUGAUCAGGCAGUGCCGCCAUCACUGUUGGCUCACUUCAGUCACGUAACAGAGACUACGGCGACCACUGUUCCCAGGAAAAAGCGUCAACUUUUUCCCUAGAAGGGGAGAUUUGGUUGCAACGGGGACUAGACUAGAACACACAGGGGCAGGGGAAGAAAGCAGCGCGAGGAACUAGUUUGUCACCGGGAAGAAGAGGGAGGAGAGAAGAAAAGGCACAGACGUAGAUUGGCUACGAUUCUACUCGCGUCCCACCUGAUGUCUGUUCCUCACUCGAGACUGCGAUAAAAGACGGUACCACUCGCCUCUCUGCUCCAGCUUGUCUCUAUCUCUGCUGAGCUCUUUGUCUCUAUUGUCGGCAGAGACAAGGGAGGGGGAAGAAGGUGGGAACAAGACACGCUUCUUCGAGAUGCUGCUCCUGGGUGUCAAGUAAUGCUGCUGCUGCUCUUUUUCUUUUCCGUUUCCAGUCCGGUAAUCCAGUUCUUCAUGCAGCUCCUGCUUUGAAACCCGCCCGAGAAGCAGUACCGUCAUCAGACAUCACCACCAUCGUCAAGAAGAACUUUUGCCGCGCGACGCCGCCGAUGAAUACUAGUUGCGAACUCGAGUCCUAUGUGUGGCCUCGUGGCGACUGCUCGCUCCCGGAGCAUGGCAAGUUUGCGAGCCAGCAGGAUGUCCCGACCAUUGAUCUGGCUGGUGGAUCCAAAGCCAAGGUUGAUGAGAUUGGCAGAGCGUGCAGGCAGAGUGGAUUCUUCCAGGUCGUCAAUCACGGUGUGGAUCACGAGCUUGUAAACCAGGUGCAUGCGAGUGCUCGCCAGUUCUUCGAAUUCCCCAGCGACACCAAGUUACGAGCGGCUCGCUCCGCCGGGAACAGCUUUGGAUUCGCCGGCAAGUUUGCUGGGAGGUUCAAAUCCAAAUGCCCCUGGAAGGAAACAUUCUCGCUUCAGUACACGCCGAACUCAAACAUCAAGGACUACAUGAUCAAAGUUUACACCGCGGAACAGCAUGAGCAGCAUUGUGCUCUCUACGAGACUUACUGCAAGGCAAUGGAGAAGCUGGGACGAGAGCUGAUUGAGCUGAUUGCGCAGAGCUUGGAGCUGGCUCCCGAUGCUUUGCACAGCUACUUCGACGAUGGCUUCUCCAUCUUCCGGAUGAACAUGUACCCGCCGUCGGAGCACUUCUCCCGGCUGCUGGGGACGGGGCCUCACACCGACCCGUGCGCAUUAACAAUUCUCCACCAGGAUGAAGUUGGAGGACUGCAAGUGUACAACAGAGACGAGACUUGGGUCACAGUCGAGCCCCGUGCCGAUGCGUUUGUCAUCAGCAUCGGUGACACAUUCCAGGCACUGUGCAACCAUCGCUACAAGAGUGCCAAGCACCGCGCAGUGAUCCAUGCCACCCGAGCCAGGCACUCGCUGGUUUUCUUCAUCAACCCGGGGCUGGACACGGUGAUCCGGCCGAUUCCGGAGCUGGUGGUCAAGAGCAAAGAAGACGAAGAGCAAGAUCGCGAGAGGCCGUGCGUGGAGUUUAAUUGGGGGCAGCUGCUAGAAUUCACCCAGAAGCACUAUAGAACCGAUGUCCACACGCUGGACGCGUUUGAGAGCUACUUGAGGAAAACGAGCCAAGCAGCGUGAGGACGGACAGGGAAGAACGAAUGUAAAUUUGCCAAAGAUCAUCGAGCAGAGGAGGACACAAAGUCACUGUUUUUUGUGAAUAUAGUAUACAUCAUCAAAGGUGGAUUGAUAUUUUUAUA